GUGAAAUAUUCCAACAUAGUAUGUUGAAACAAGAGGAGGAGGAGCACCACUGACGGCGGCACAUUCCAUACUCACCACGCAUUCUAUUCAAAGCCACACACAUUAACCCAAGAUAGAAGAUCAUAAAAAAAGCAAAUAUAACACUGUAAUAUACCCCCCCCCCCCAAAAAAAACAGUAAACAAGGAACACGGAAUUCCGUUUUCUCGUUAAUUUCCCCCCAAACACACACACCAGAGAAAUAUCAGGGUUGUCUGAGAUCCGAUCGUUCUGCCAGGAUGUCUUGUUCCUUGUCAUCGGGCUCUGAGGAAGAAGACGAGGGAGUUGACUCUUACCGGAAAGGAGGGUACCAUGCCGUGCGGAUCGGUGAUCCUUUCGCUUCCGGUCGUUACAUCGCCCAGAGGAAACUUGGGUGGGGUCAGUUCUCCACUGUUUGGCUCACUUACGAUACUCAGGCCUCUAAAUAUGUUGCUUUAAAGAUUCAGAAGAGCGCACAACAGUUUGCACAAGCUGCCGUUCAUGAGAUUGAAGUCCUUUGUGCAAUUGCUGAUGGAGAUCCUUCAAACUCCAAGUGGGUGGUGCGCCUCAUUGACCAUUUUAAGCACUCUGGCCCGAACGGGCACCAUCUAUGCAUGGUCCUUGAAUUCCUUGGUGAUAGCUUACUUCAAUUAAUCAAGUUUAGCCGUUACAAAGGACUUGAGUUGAAUAAAGUUAGGGAGAUCUGCAAAUGUGUUCUAUUAGCUCUGGAUUACUUGCAUAGGAAGCUUGGUAUAAUCCACACUGACCUAAAACCUGAAAAUAUUCUUCUCUGUUCCACCAUUGAUCCAGCCAAGGAUCCAAUUAGAUCUGGUCUUACUCCAAUCCUUGAAAGACCUGAGGGGGGCACCCUAAAUGGCGGGUCUACCAUGAACCUCAUUGAGAAAAAGUUGAAACGGAGGGCAAAACGGGCAGUUGCAAAUAUAUCCGGUAGAAGAGAUUCAAUGGGAGGAGAAGCUCGAAAACCUGAAAGAUGUCUUGAUGGGAUUGAUAUGAGGUGCAAGGUUGUGGACUUCGGAAACGCAUGUUGGGCUGACAAACGUUUUGCAGAAGAAAUUCAAACAAGGCAGUAUAGAGCUCCUGAGGUCAUACUUCAAUCUGGGUAUUCCUUUUCCGUUGAUAUGUGGUCAUUUGCUUGCAUCGCCUUUGAGCUUGCUACUGGUGACAUGAUGUUUGCUCCUAAAACUGGAGAAGGUUUUAGUGAAGAUGAGGAUCACCUAGCUCUCAUGAUGGAACUUCUUGGAAAGAUGCCACGGAAGAUUGCUGUUGGAGGAGCUCGAUCAAAAGAUUUUUUUGACAGGCAUGGUGAUCUGAAGAGGAUUCGAAGACUGAAGUUCUUGCCACUCGAUCGAUUGUUGAUGACUAAAUACAAAUUCGCCGAGACUGAUGCUCGUGAAUUUCUGGGGUUUCUUUCCCCUUGUCUUGAUUUUUCACCAGAGAAAAGACCAACUGCCCAGCAGUGUCUGCAACACCCAUGGCUGAAUCUUAAGAGCUCAGAUGGGCAAUCUAAGGUGGACGCUGGAAUGAGGAAACUUAAGAUUUAAGGUGGGCAAAGAGAAGGGAUUGAAGAUCCCUCCCUCCACCUGUACGACUAUUGAUUGUGUUGUUUUAAUUGUUUUAUUUUUUGGGUUGUGACAUUUACAAUAAGCUUCUUCCUUUUCCUUCUUUUUUUGGUUAACAAAAGUAACAACUAUCAUGAGGAAAUGACACGAGUGUUUAACUG